GUAGAUUGGUCUUAGCAGGGGACAUACAUCAGCGGACGACCAGAGGUUUCGCAAGACGCACAUAUGAUGGCAAAUUGAGAGUUGGGAACUGCCCCCCUUUUAAGUAGCCGGUGGUGGAAAGAUUCUUCCCACUUGGAAAGAGGCUUUUCCUCUUUGGACACCUACUAACGGAGCUUCCAGUAGCCAGAGACAGGAGAGAGGGGUCCAGCCGCAGAUCCUCUCAGAAGGUCUCACUUUCUCCAGGGGAACCUCUCAAAUUUAGGCGCUUUAUUAUUGGGGGGGUUGAAUUGGUUGAUUGAUGCGCUGCUGACCCCUCAGGCCCAAACAUGAAGUCGGGGCUGUCGCUGGCCACGGCUGCCUUCAUCGCAGCCCUGGUAUCCUCCAUAGAUGCUCAAGUGGAACCCCCCUCGGACUUGAAAUUUAAAAUAAUAAGUGAGAAAACGGUGGAAAUGUCAUGGAGGAGACCGUCCUCAGCAAUAGAGGGCUUCAGAAUACAAGUUGUGUCAGAUGCAGAUGAACCCACCAGAGAUUUUACUCUUGAUGCUUAUGCCACUUCAACCUCAAUCACUGACCUGACCCCUGACCUGGACUACUCGGUAUCCAUAAACUCCUUUUAUGGGUCAGAGGAGAGCUUACCGAUCUUUGGCCAGCUGACCAUCCAGUCCAGUAACACCAGCGAACGAGUCAGGAGGCCAGAGUCAGAUGCAAUCAAGUGUUCGGUCAGCGCAUUAGCAGAUUUGGUUUUUCUGGUGGACGGCUCCUGGAGCGUGGGCAGGGAGAACUUCAAGCACAUUCGUAGUUUCAUCAGCUCCAUGGCCGGGGCCUUCGACAUCGGCGCGGACAAAACCCGAGUGGCCGUGGUUCAGUACAGUACGGACACGCGCACAGAAUUCCCCCUGACCCGUUACACGCGAAGAGGUGACCUGCUCCAAGCCAUCAACACCCUGCCGUACAAGGGAGGAAACACUAUGACAGGUGAUGCCAUAGAUUACUUGCUGACAAAUAUCUUCACCGAGGCGGCUGGAUCCAGGAAAGCUUUUCCAAAGGUAGCCAUGAUCAUCACUGACGGAAAAUCUCAAGACCCAGUGGAGGAGCAUGCAAAAAGACUUAGGAACAUUGGAGUGGAAAUAUUUGUCCUAGGUAUCAAGGGAGCAGAUGAAGACGAACUUAAGGAAAUGGCCACCCCACCCUACAACAAACACGUGUACAACGUUCCCAACUUUGACGUGAUUCAGGAAGUACAGAAACGGAUCAUCAGGGAGGUGUGCUCCGGUGUCGAUGACCAACUCAGCACCUUGGUCAGCGGAGAAGAACUGGUGGAGCCAGCAUCCAACCUGCAGGUCACUGAAAUAUCAUCUAAAUCCAUGAGAGUCACUUGGGACGCAUCUUUGGGCGAAAUCACAGGCUACAAGCUCACCCUGAUUCCCAUGCUGCCAGGAAUGAAACGCCAAGAGCUGUACAUAGCCCCCACCCAAACGUCCAUCAACGUGCGUGAUCUUUCCCCUGAGACUGAGUACGAGAUCAGCUUGUUUGCCCUCAAAGGUCUCACCCCUAGUGAACCCAUCUUGGCCAUGGAAAAGACCCAGCCUGUGAAGGUGUUAACAGAGUGCUCCCUGGGAGUGGAUGUGCAGGCUGAUGUGGUGCUUCUAGUCGAUGGCUCGUACAGUAUUGGAUUACAAAAUUUCGCCAAAGUCCGCGCCUUUUUGGAAGUUCUGGUUAAUUCGUUUGACAUUGGACCCAACAAAAUCCAGAUCAGCUUGGUCCAGUACAGUCGGGAUCCGCACACUGAGUUUGCCCUCAACACCCACCACGACAUCAACGCCGUUGUCAAAGCUGUGCGCACCUUCCCCUACCGAGGAGGCUCCACCAACACUGGCAAGGCCAUGACCUACGUCAAGGAGAAGAUCUUCAUCUCUUCCCGCGGCGCUCGAGAAAAUGUCCCCCGUGUCAUGGUCCUGAUCACGGAUGGAAAGUCAUCUGAUUCUUUUAAGAACGCAGCGACGGCCCUGAGGGAGCUUGACGUAGAAAUCUUUGCCGUUGGUGUGAAGGAUGCAGUGAGGUCUGAGCUGGAGGCCAUUGCGAAUCCCCCAGCAGACACUCACGUCUAUGAGGUGGAGGACUUUGACGCUUUCCAGAGGAUUUCCAAGGAGCUGACUCAGUCCAUCUGUCUGAGGAUCGAGCAGGAACUGCUCAACAUCAAGAAGAAAAGUUUGCUUCCACCCACUGAUUUGCGAUUCUCUGAGGUCACCUCCCGAAGCUUCCGCACCACCUGGACCGCCCCUGCUGUCAGCGUCCUGUCCUACCUGGUGCGCUUCCGCAAGGCUGAGGAUGUCACCGGGGACUACAUCUCCCUAGCGGUGCCUGGCGACACCACCACGGCCGUUCUGCCCCACCUUUUCCCCCUCACCGCCUACGAAGUCAAUGUCUUUUCCCAGUAUGAAAAAGGAGACAGUUUCCCUUUAACUGGCGAAGAGACCACUCUGGAAGAGCAAGGGCCUGUGCGGAACCUGCGAGUGACUGAGGAGACAUCCAACAGCUUCAGAGUGUCGUGGCAAGCGGCUCCAGGCCCAGUGGUUCGGUAUCGCCUGUCCUACGUUCCACUGAGUGGUGCCGGGGAAACAUUACAAGCCCAGACUGUUGGAAAAGAGACCACAAUAGUUCUCCAGGAGCUUUUCCCCGUUACUACGUACCGUGUGUCUGUGUCAGCCGAGUAUUCGACAGGUGUCGGGGAUGCCAUGGAAGUGGAUGGGACCACUAAGGAAGUCCUUGGAUCUCCUCGCGCCCUUCGCGUGUUUGACGAGACCAUAUCCACGAUGAAACUGGCGUGGCAGGCGGCACCGGGGAACGUCCUCCAGUAUCGUAUUGCCUAUAAACCUACGGCGGGCGGCGACAGGAAGGAGAUAUCGGUUAAGGGAGACGCUACCCAGGCUGUGCUGAAGAAUCUCCAACCAGCCACCGAGUACGAGCUGUUCGUCCACGCUCGCUAUGCCUCCGGCGAUGGCGAGCCCCUCCUUGGCAUAGGAACCACCUUAGAAGAACUAGGUUCACCUAGAGACUUGGAGACCAGAGACGUUACAGACACUAGCUUCGCCGUGUCUUGGACUGCAGCGCCGGGCAACGUCCGUCAGUACCGCAUCAGGUGGAAAUCUCUGUUCGGAGAAGAGACUGGAGAAAAGACAACAGCAGGCGGCACCACAGCCACCGUCCUAGAGGGUCUCACCCCAGAAACGCGCUAUCAGGUCUCUGUGUUUGCUGUGUACGGCCAUGGAGAAGGCCAAGCACUGGUUGGAGAAGAAAUCACUGACAUCUCUGCUGCAGCCAGAGCUAUUGUGGUGUCAGAGGAGACAGAGAAGAGCAUGAAGGUAACGUGGCAAAGGGCACCAGGAAACGUGGUCAACUACCGGGUCACCUACAAACCCCAAGUCGGAGGCCGGCAGCUCGCGGCCAAGGUGCCCGGUGACACCACCACCACCGUGCUGAGGCGCCUCACUCCCCUGACCAAAUACGACAUCACCGUGGUGCCAGUCUAUCGCUCCGGAGAAGGCAAAACACGGGAGGGAGACGGAACCACGCUUUCACCUUACAAGGGCCCUAGGAACCUACAAACCUCAGAGCCCACCAGGUCCAGUUUCCGUGUCAGCUGGGACCCUGCUCCUGGUGCCGUUAAGGGCUACAGAGUCACGUUCCACCCUGUGGAGGAUGACAUUGAUCUAGGAGAACUUCAAGUCGGUCCCUAUGACAACACUGUGGUUUUAGAGGAGCUCAGAGCAAGUACCAAAUACUCAGUGAGUGUGUUUGGCAUGUUUGAAGGAGGAGAGAGUAUGCCACUGGCUGGAGAGGAGAAAACCACUCUUAGUGAUGGACCUGACCCACCUCCUUAUAAGCCAACAAAUGUGAUGUGCAGAACCAACGCACAGGCUGACAUCGUGCUGCUGGUGGAUGGCUCUUGGAGUAUUGGGCGUCUCAACUUCAAGACCAUUCGUGCCUUCAUUGCCCGCAUGGUGGGAGUGUUUGACAUCAGCCCAGAGAGGGUCCAAAUUGGUCUUGCUCAGUACAGUGGAGACCCCAAGACUGAAUGGCACUUGGAUGCUCAUAGAACCCGAGAGUCACUCCUGGAUGCUGUCGCUAACCUGCCCUACAAAGGAGGGAACACCUUAACUGGUCUGGCUUUGAACUACAUCCUCCAGAACAAUUUCAAGGAAAAUGUCGGAAUGAGACCCAACGCUCGAAGGAUCGGGGUUUUGAUAACUGAUGGCAAGUCCCAGGAUGAUGUCAACGUGAACUCUCAGAAGCUGCGCGAUCAAGGCAUUGAGCUAUACGCCAUUGGUGUGAAGAAUGCUGAUGAGAAUGAGUUGAGGUCCAUCGCCACCGAUCCAGAUGACAUUCACAUGUACAACGUGGCCGACUUCUCCUUCCUGUUGGACAUCGUGGAAAAUCUGACUGACAACCUCUGUAACAGUGUCAAGGGCCCAGGAGGUGCACCCGAUGCUCCCACUAAUCUGAUUACCUCGGAGGUCACACACAACUCCUUCAGAGCUACCUGGACUGCCCCUGACGGCCCAGUGGACCAGUAUCGUGUGGAGUACAUGACUGUGUCAGGACGGCCACAGGAGGUGACUGUGGACGGUACUACGACCACGGUGGUUCUCCAGAAACUCAACCCCCUGACAAAGUAUCUGGUCAAGGUCUUCGCUGUGCUGGGAGAGGAGAGCAGCGAGCCUCUCGACGGAGCCGAGACCACACUGCCCUUAAGUGCCGUGAGGAGGAUGAACAUUUACGACGAGCAGACCACCACCAUGCGGGUGAGGUGGGAGCGGGCGCCCGGCGCUACCGGCUACAUGCUCCUCUACAGCGCCGUCAACGCCACGCAGCCGACCCGCGACGAAGAGGUCAGAGUCCGGGAUACUGAGGUGCAGCUGGUGAGGUUGCUUCCCAACACUGCCUACUCGCUGUCUCUCUUUGCCUUGCAUGGAGAAGCAGCUAGUGAACCACUGACACAGCAGGGAGUCACAUUGCCCAGGCAAGGUGGUACUAGAUUGCCCCUGCCACCUGCAGGAGAGCUGAGGGUUCGUGAUGUCACCCACAGCACCAUGAGGCUCAUCUGGGAUGCUGCUCCCGGUGCCGUUCGCAAGUACCGCUUAACAUAUCAGCCUGAGGAUGGUGAUGUUAAAGAUUUGGAAGUGGCAGGAAAUGUGAUCACCAAACAACUGGACAACCUGAUGUCUCAGACUGAGUACAGCCUGACUGUUACUCCCAUCUACGAUGAGGGACCUGGACAGACCAUGCAGGGAACAGCGAUCACCGAUGUGGUUCCUGCCCCGAAGAACCUCCGAUUCUCAGAGGUGACCCAGACCAGCUUCAGGGCUACCUGGGAGCAUGGAGCCCCUGAUGUCGCUCUGUACCGCAUUGGCUGGACUAAGAGCGGAGAGGCCAAUUUUGUUUACGCCAUUCUGAACAGCGAUGAGACAACCCACGUCCUGGAGAACCUGGAGCCAGACACGCCCUACGACGUGUCUGUCACUGCAAUCUACCCUGACGAGUCGGAGAGCGAGGACCUGCUGGGCACUGAGAGGACAUUGGCCAGGCAAGGUGGUACUGGAUCCCCUAAUGUACCACCUACUAAUCUGGUUGUGUACAAUGAAACCACAACCAGUCUAAACGCCAGGUGGAAUCCAGCCGGAGGUCGUGUUCAGAACUACAGGAUAAAUUAUGUCCCCACAUCUGGAGGCAGAAGCCUGACUACACAGGUUGGUGGGAAGAAGACUAAUGUCCUGCUCCCCAAGCUGACCCCUGACACUGAGUACUCCAUCACUGUGGUGGCGGUCUACGCUAAGGGAGUCAGCGGGGAACUCAAUGGCCUUGGAAAGACAAAACCUUUGGGUGGUGUUAGGAACUUGCGGGUGACUGAUCCCACAACCAGCUCCCUGAAUGUCCAGUGGGAGGCUGCUGAGGGCAGCGUGCGUCAGUACAGGGUCUUCUACGUCCCCACAGCUGGAGGAGAGGAAGAAAUGGUGCAGGUUUCCGGCACCACCUACAGCACCGUGCUGAAGAACCUGCAAUCCGACACCCGAUACACUGUAACUGUGGUCCCUGUUUACUCCACCGGAGAGGGGCAGCGCAUGUCGGAUGAUGGCAAAACAUUGGAGCGUAGUCCCGUCAGGAACAUUCAGGUUUUCAACCCCACAACCAACACUCUCAAUGUUCGCUGGGAGGCUGCCACAGGCCCAGUCCAGCAGUACCGGGUGGUCUACGCUCCUCUGACUGGUGCCAGGCCAUCUGAAUCGAUUUUGGUACCAGGAACCACCACCACAGCCCUGCUCAAGCAGCUGAUCCCAGACACUGGAUACAACGUGGGGGUGGUCCCCCUGUACAGCGACGGCGAAGGACCCGCUGUCAGUGACAAUGGGAAGACAUUGCCUCGUAGCGGCCCGAGGAACAUGCGCGUGUAUGAUCCCACCACCACUACUCUCUCUGUGAGCUGGGAACACGCAGACGGCCCUGUCGUUCAGUACCGCAUCACCUACGCCCCGACCACAGGAGAUCCUAUCGAAGAAUACACUACGGUUCCAGGAAACGUUAACAAUGUGGUCCUGCAGAACCUGGAUCCUGACACUCCUUAUAAUAUCAAAGUGACUGCCAUCUAUGCAGAUGGACCUGGUGGAGAGCUGGAAGGAGACGGACGCACGGUGGGUAUGCUCGGGCCCAGGAAUCUCCGCGUUUCAGACGAGUGGUACACGCGCUUCAGGGUGUCCUGGGACCCGGCCCCCUCUCGGGUUAAUGGCUACAAGCUUAUCUACCAACCUGAGGGCUCAGAUGAAUCCUUGGAGGUGCAGGUUGGAGACGUGACCUCCUACCAGCUGCAUAACCUCAAACCUGGAACCACAUAUGACCUAAAGGUUUUGGCACAGUAUAACACAGGCGAGAGUGCUCCUCUGAUUGGACAAGGCACCACGUUGUACCUGAAUGUGACAGGCCUGACCUCCUACAAUGUUCAAUAUGACGGUUUCUGCAUUCGUUGGACCCCUCACCGAGCCGCAACUUCCUACAGACUCAAAGUCAAUCCUUUUGACUCCUCCAGGGGCGGUGCUCAAGAGAUCACAGUCCGGGGCUCGGAGAGCAGUCACUGCUUUGACAACCUGACCCCUGACACGCUCUACAAUGCCACGGUGUUCACCCAAACCCCCAACCUCGAGGGACCUGGAGUCAGUGUCAAGGAGAAGACUUUGGUCAAACCCACCGAGAUGCCGACAGAGCCUCCCCUUCCCCCUGCUCCAGUAACAGUCCCUCCUGCACUAGAUGUGUGCAAAGGUGCCAAGGCAGAUCUGGUGUUUCUCAUUGAUGGCUCCUGGAGUAUUGGGGACGAAAGCUUCCACAAGGUCAUCCAGUUUGUCACCAGCAUGACUGGAGCCUUUGACGUCAUCAGCCCCACUGGCAUGCAGGUUUCCUUCGUGCAGUUCAGCGAUGAUGCCAAAACUGAAUUUAAACUGAACACGUACCACGACAAGGGCUUAGCGUUGGCAGCUCUGCAAGGCGUCCGCUACAGAGGAGGCAACACCAAGACGGGCAUCGCUUUGAGGCACGUCUAUGAGAAGGUGUUGACCAGUGACAGUGGCAUGAGGAGGAAUGUCCCUAAAGUCGUAGUGGUGGUCACAGAUGGACGCUCCCAGGAUGAUGUCAAGAAGAGCGCAGAGAAACUGCAACACUCUGGCUACAGCGUGCUGGUCGUCGGCGUGGCGGAUGUAGACAUGGCAGAGUUGCGAACCAUCGCCAGCAAGCCCAGCGAGAGGCACGUGUUCGUGGUCGACAGCUACGACGCCUUUGCCAAGAUCCAGGACAACCUGAUCACCGUUAUCUGUGAAACGGUCACAUCCACUUGUCCUCUGAUCUACAAGGAUGGAUACACCACACCUGGCUUCAGGAUGUUGGAGGCUUUCAACAUCACGGACCGGACGUUCGCUGGCAUGAACGGCGUCUCCAUGGAACCAGGUUCCUUCAACAGCUACGUGGCCUACAGGCUGCACAAGGAUUCUUUCCUGACCCAGCCCACCAAGGAGAUUCACACGGAUGGUCUUCCGCCAUCGUACACCAUCAUCCUGCUGUUCCGUCUGCUGCCUGACACGCCCAAUGAGCCUUUUGAUAUCUGGCAGAUUGCUGACAAAAACAACAACCCUGAAGUCGGGGUCACCGUCAACCCGUCCAGCAAGACAAUCGCGUUCUACAACAAGGACACCAGAGGAGAGAUCCAGAAAGCGGUGUUUAACGAGGAGCAAGUGAAGCGAGUUUUCCAUGGUAGCUUCCAUAAGCUCCACAUCAGCAUCUCUCCGGACAAAGUGAAGCUGAACGUCGACUGCCAAGAAGUGGCAGAGAAGCCCAUCAAGCAGGCCGGCAACAUCACGCUGGACGGCUACGAAGUGCUGGGCAAGAUGGUGAAGUCUGGAGGAGGAAGGAGACAGUCUGCCACAUUCCAGCUCCAGAUGUUUGAUAUCAUCUGCAGCUUGAGCUGGCUCAGCCGAGACAAGUGCUGCGACCUGCCCGCCACGAGAGUUGAGGCCAAGUGCCCGGCCCUUCCCCAUUCCUGCACAUGCACACAGGACAGCAUCGGCCCUCAAGGGCCUCCAGGACCUUCGGGCAGUCCAGGUACCAAGGGACCUCGUGGAGACAGAGGAGAACGCGGCAACACUGGUCCCAUGGGUCCACGUGGUGAGUCGGGACUCCCAGGCACAAUGGGACCACCAGGUCCACAAGGCCCCAACGGGCUCUCUUUGCCCGGAGAACCUGGUCGCCCAGGACCAAAGGGAGAUUCUGGAGACCCAGGCCUGCCUGGACUGCAAGGUUCUCCUGGGCCACGUGGUCCUCUGGGCCCCGUUGGACCAAGCGGAGCACGGGGGCCACCAGGAAAAGAGGGACCAUCUGGACCCAGAGGCCCACCAGGGCCCAUGGGAAGCCCAGGAAAUCCAGGUGUACCGGGAAUAACUGGAAAACCAGGGAAACCAGGAGACACAGGAAAUCCAGGACCUGUUGGCAUUAAAGGAGAGAAAGGAGAGAGGGGAGACUUUGCAUCCCAGAGCAUGAUGCGUUCGAUCGCCAGACAAGUUUGUGAACAGCUUGUCAACAGUCAGAUGAGCAGAAUUGACAUGAUGCUCAACCAGAUUCCGUCAGGUCAUCGCAGCAACAGUCCCGGACCAGCGGGUCCUCCCGGCCCACCCGGCAAUGACGGUGCCCGCGGAGAACCCGGACAACCAGGGAGACCCGGUUUCCCGGGUAGCCCAGGCCUACCUGGGAAUCAGGGAGAGCAAGGUAUGCAAGGAGAGAAGGGAGAGAGAGGCCCUGCAGGAAACAGCAUCAGAGGACAAAGAGGCUCGAGUGGACCACCAGGGCCACCAGGAGAGUCAAGGACAGGACCCCCGGGUCCUUCUGGCCCCCCUGGGCCUAGUGGCCCUCCAGGUCGCCAGGGCAUGUCUGGGGUGAGGGGACCUCCAGGACCCCCUGGAUACUGCGACUCCUCGCAGUGUGUUGGCAUUCCUUACAACGGACAAGGAUACACAGCCACCCGCUACCAGCCCGAACCCGAUGUAGCGGCCGUACCCGUGGAGCCGGCCGAAGAUUUUGAGACAAUACAGUCUUCACGUUACUCACGAGGUCAACGAGGAAAGAGGUCACUACCACAAGAUAACACAGAAACAGUAGCUUCAUAGCUACAGUCAGACGUUUUCAUCACAAGAAGUGAUACUCAACCAAAAAAAAAAGACUUAUAUGGGUUUGACACCCCUGGUUAUAUUAAACAUAUAUAUUUUUUGACAUGAGAAAGUUUAGCAAGAGUAUUACAGACCUGUGCGCUUGCUCAGUGUCUGCUUGUAAUAUACCUGCAAGUGUUUAUCAGACUCCACUGUUUAAUGCGAUGCUGUUGUUUUAUGUUCAUUUUCAGUUUGUAAAGCAGUUUCAGAUACUCCAUUGGUUAAAAAAGACGUUUUCAUUUUUACCCCCCCAAAAAAAUGCUUAGUUUGACGCUCCAUAAUAAUCUGCAACAAACCAAACCAUUUUAUUUGAUUUUUGUUUAUUUUUUUGUUUUUGUGGACUUGCAUGUUUGUGCUGUAUAUUUACUGAGGAAUUGUUUUUUUCUCCUUUUACUGCAGUUUUAAUUUGGUCGCAAAACAAUGGGCUUAAAAUUGCAUUUGGUUAAUUUUGUGAAUUCCACUCAGCCGUAUUUUCUUAUUUAUUUCUGAAACAGAAGAGGCAUUUUUCAAUAAAACUACUGAAAAUGUA